UGCUGUAAUGGCAUUGUGGUCCCCGGUAGAAACAAUCAUAUAUGCUGCGGGAAUAGGGCGUGGGACGGCACGCUGUAUGGAUGUUGUGGCAAUGAACCAUUUUACAAGCCACGGUGGAGUUGCUGUAAUGGAAAGAAGGUCAAAGGUGGAGGCAAUGAUGCAAGGUGCUGUGGGCUGAAGACGUAUAACAGAAA